UCAGCGCAGCUCGGAUAAGCCCUAAUUGUUAUUCAGCUCCUUAAGCAUAAGCUCCUGGCAGAGCUCAUAGCCUUUCGCCUGAGCUAAGAUUGUCUAAAAUAGCAAUGGGAAUGUAUGCAACCUAAGGCACAGCGGGGUAGGAGAAUAAUCACCAUCCCCUCUCUCUGGGCUGGAAGUGUGGGGACCAUUUUAUAAAGUUAAAGAAAUGCUAAGUGUAAUGUACUUUCUGCGGAGCUUCUUUAAGACCCCUGAGCCCAAUGAAGACUCUAGCACUAAAAUAGAUUUCACCGAAGAGCAUUGCAGGGAACCAUGCUUGCAAGAGGUGACUUUAUGUCAGGAACAGGAUGAAGACUAUUUUGAAACAAGGUCAAAUUUCAGUGAAAGUUCUUCAGAAUUAAGAAGUGAAGUAUUUGAAAGUAUUUCAGAUGUUGAAUCGAUUUCUAGUGAAACGAAUGACGAACUAAUCGGAUCUGAUUGCCUUUUCCCGGAAAAAGAAGAACCUUUGUAUUCAUUAAAUAACGAUGACAAUGGUCUUUAUUCCAACAUCAUUGAGAGCAGUACCGAAGAAUGCAGUAAAUAUGAGACUGCUUCUGAAACAAAUGUGUUACACCAAACUUUACCAUUAGAUCAAGAGCAAUUGGAUAUAACUUACAAUGACGUCACUCAACUAAAAGAUUUCUUAAGACCAGACUCAAAAGCAGUAGGUGGUUGCACAAACAUAAUAGACAUCAAUGGAUUAGAAAUUAGAAGAUCCAGCCUUAAGGAUGUAUUUGGGUGCCAAGCAGUAUUACAAUCAACUAGAGAAAUUGCUAAAUCAAAAUCAGAAAACUGCCUUAAUUGUGAAGGGUGUGAGACAGCCAUUUUUACAGGUGGGCCCAGCCAAAGUGUGCCUAAUAUCAGUUUUGAGAUUUCUGAUUAUUCUGACUUUUCUAGCAAGCAUGGAAUUGCAAGUGCACUAACACAAAGCAAACAGAAAACAUGUUUAGAGUCUCCAUCUCUAGAGGAAAUUAAUUUAGGCUGUUAUUUAAAUUCUAUAUCUCAGAAUGUAGGACUCUUCGCACAUACUGAGAAAGAAAAACACAUUUCCAAGGACAUUGUUCAUUUGCAAGAUUCCUAUCUUUCUUCUCAGCUAUGUGAGGGGGGAAAUGUGUUAUCACCUGCAGGACACGAUGAAUUUCAAAGCUCUCAGUGUUUUAUAACCAAUGAUAGAAAAGAAACUAGAGGCUGUAUGUCAGCAAUAGACAUGAAUAAUUCAAAAGAAAAGGUGGACAGUAUUUCAUCUGAUUCUUUUCAAGACAUAUUUAAAGGUUACUGGGAAGAACCCACAGAAUCUAAAGAAAAACAAAAUAUGACACUAGGCAGCCUGUUAAGGAAACAAGUUAGCAGACAAGAGUCAAUGAGUCAUGUAAAAGACCUUCAAGUUAUUGCUAAAUCAAAAGACUCCUUAAAUAGUCUACAAGACAGAUCGGCUGUUAUUGUAUUAUCCGUUCAUCAGCCAGAAACACAAACAACUUGGAAGGAAAUUAAGCAAAAUACAUAUAAACAUGAAAAUGGCAGUUCUUCACAUUUGAACAGCAACGAACAUUUAAGUCAUAGCAGUGAUUCAUUAAAUCAGGGUUCAGCUUGUGAAUCAUUAUAUUCAAUGGAAUGUGUGGAACUAGGAGAAGAUGAGCAGAAUAGUUCCACUCUUGUUGAUAUAAACAGGAAGACUUCUCUCUUUCAAAAGGACUCAGAAAGAAUGUUUGUUCAAGAACAUACAGAAACCCAUGGCAGACACUUGUGGGAUAUAUUGUUAGGUAAAGAACAAAACAAUUCCCCUCAAAUAGAUAUACAAACCUCUAAAACAAAAACCCUGAAGAAAAAAAACUAUAAAGAUCCAGAAUUCCAUAGUUAUGGUCAUAUGGUGGAAUCGAUUGGCUCUAAUCUUGACCAAGGAGACGAUGUCUUCUUUACGCAAAAACAAUACCUUGAAGCUGUACAGGAUUCUGAUGGAGAUGAAAGUGACAUUGAAGUUUCAUUCUCAGAGGAAAAUAGAGACCAUUGUCUUGCAACAGUUGAAGACACCAGAGAUGGUAUGUAUUAUUACACCAUUGAAAAUAAAAUGGACAAUAUAGACAUGGUGGAUGACAACGAAAGCAAUUGCAGCAGUUCCAAUAGUGAAGGUAUUGAGGGCAGCAUGGGAUACCACUGGAGAAGUGAGAACAACAAAAUAAGAGACAAAAAAAACAGUGUAAAGUCGUCAGACGAACAAAAAGAUCCCAAAAUAGCAGAAUUAAAAAAAAACAAAACAGAGGAAAAAGAAGAUACUAAUCAAAAAAUAAAAGGGACGAAUACAAAAAAUGACAUUUUUAAAAAAUACCUGUCAGCUAAAAUAGCUACACCAAAUGGCUCACAACUUGCCAGUCAAAAUACAAAGGAUAUGCUGGACUUCUCUGAUGAAGAUUCAUAUGAAAGUGGUUUUCUGUACAACAGGAGUAUGAGGAAGGCAUCUGGGUCUGGGAGAAUUGAUCUUGACAAUUUUACCAGAUUAAGAUGCGGUGUUGUGCCACCAAGCACCAACGAUAAAUCAGAUAAUCAAAAAAGUCAGGCAACCUGCAAACCUCCAACAGAAAACUGUGACACCAAGAGUGAAAGAACCACAGAGAGUAAACGAUUAAAAGAAAGAUUGAUGUGGGCACAUAAGUCUUUUUCGAGUAUGUUUGAUUUUAAAAACAAUGAUAAAGACAUUGCCACCCAGAGUUUAGAGGUCACACCUAGAGAGGAGAAGAAAAAGUCAAAGCCACUUCCAUCAUCCUGGAAAACACUCCGAAAUUCCAAAAACAAAGAUAAAGACUCGUCAUUUAAGAGACUCAGUGUGUUGAAUUUAUCAGCACAUAUAAAUACAAACAAGCCCAGGGGAGCUUCCAAGGAAAAUGGGAAUGGAAAUGUAUCACCAAUUAUUGAGCCAUUUAAAAAACCCUCCUCUAUGGAAAUAAAGCCUUGUAUGACUGUUGAUACAACCACAGACUCCAAUCUGGAACCUCUGGAAGUUAAGGAAACACAUAAAAAAUGGGGCCUUAAAAAUGGCGGUUCUUUUGAAACGUCUUACGAUGAAUCGACUAUUUUUUCAAACUUUGAUUCAAAUGAGCCACAUUCAUUAAACAAACAGCCAUCUUUAGUUCACUUGUGCUCAAAUGCUGAAAUCACCUACAUGCCAUCUCGACCAAUGAGUCCAAAGCCUUUUAGCCAAUGGCCGAGCUUUCAACGUAGGAGCUUGAUCCAUUCCAGAGUAAGUGCCACCUCAAUGACCUCUCUAGGGAACAGUUCUCCAGUGGAGGGGUGUCCAGAUUCCCCAGAGACAGCAGCAAAAACAUGGGGAGGGCAUUUAACAGAGAGAAAUAAUCCCAAGGAUGAUAUCAGUGUGAGCAACCUGUCAAAGCCCAGCCUCAACACUGCUUCUUCAGUAAUGGACAUACUAAGAGAUGAGGAUAGUAGACAACUUGUCCCAUCAACGGCACUAAAGUUGCAAAGGGAGAGGAAUGCUUUGCUUUACAAGAAGAGACCUACAGACCUGACGGCUUCUCAGAACCUGCCUAUCAACAGUGAAAAUAGAACUCUGACACUGCCCCAGAUGGCUUCCAUGGAACACAAAAGGGAUUCAGAACAAACAAAGCCCAAAGCUUUAUUCAAGAGCCUGAGCUGUGAUAACCUAUGGGUAUUUGAGAGGAACCAAGAGAGGAAACUAGACAAGUCUAUAGAUGAUCUCAUGAGGAACCAGUCAAAAGCCUCUUUGAGCAUCUCUAAUGGUCCUCCAGAUAUAUUCAGAAGAUUCCCUUUGAAGGUCCACUCGUUUUCUCGUAGCACACCGACCAGGCUUGAUCUUGUGGGCUGUGUGAGGCGCACGUCUAUCUCAGUAUUCAAUGAUGGAUCGACGAACAGACCUUCUCUGCUUGAUGACUUUGGGAGUGAUGAGGACUUUUAUGAAGAACUACACGUGUCUGGUCACCGCUUUGUUGGAGGGGGCGAGCAGCUGGCAAUAAAUGAGCUGAUAAGUGAUGGCAGUGUGGUAUACGCUGAAGCUCUCUGGGACCAUGUCACUAUGGAUGAUGAAGAACUGGGUUUUAAGGCCGGCAGUGUCAUUGAAGUAAUGGAUGCUACCAAUAAGGAGUGGUGGUGGGGGAGGAUUCUAGACAGUGAAGGAUGGUUUCCAGCCAGCUUUGUUAGGCUCCGUGUCAACCAGGAUGAACCGAUGGAAGACUGUGCAAUUAAAGCAGGGGACAAAGACCAGGAUCCAAGAAAUGUCCCAAGGAGAAAUGGUUUUGGGCCGAACAACAAAGAUCAAAUGAGAACUAAUGUUAUUAAUGAGAUAUUAAAUACAGAAAAACAUUAUAUUAAGCACCUGAAGGAUAUUUGUGAGGGCUACAUCAAGCAGUGCCGUAAAAGAGAUGACAUGUUUACUGAGGAGCAACUGUGGACAAUCUUCGGAAACAUUGAAGAUAUCUACAAAUUCCAGAAGAAAUUUUUGAAAACACUUGAAAAAAGAAUUAACAAAGAAUCUCCACAUUUGAGUGAAAUCGGCUCUUGCUUUUUGGAAUAUCAAACAGAUUUUCAAAUCUACUCGGAAUAUUGCAACAAUCACCCCAACGCCUGCACAGAACUUUCCAAACUCUCCAAGGCCAAGAAGUAUGUCCAUUUCUUUGAGACCUGCCGUUUAUUACAGAAGAUGAUUGAUAUCUCUCUAGAUGGGUUUCUGCUAACCCCAGUACAAAAGAUCUGUAAAUAUCCACUUCAGCUGGCGGAACUUCUAAAGUACACCAAUCCCCAACACAGAGACUACACAAAUGUUGAGGCGGCCUUGGACGCAAUGAAAAAUGUUGCCAGACUUAUCAACGAAAGAAAGCGAAGACUUGAGAACAUUGAUAAAAUAGCCCAGUGGCAAAGUUCUAUAGAGGACUGGGAGGGAGAAGAUAUUCUUACCAAAAGCUCUGAGCUUAUACAUUCUGGUGAAUUAACCAAGAUUUCUCACCAACAACCAAAGGGACAGCAGCGGAUAUUUUUUCUCUUUGAUCAUCAAAUUGUUUACUGCAAGAAGGAUCUGUUACGGCGUGACAUUCUGUAUUAUAAAGGGAAGAUGGACAUGGACGACAUGGAAGUCGUAAAUGUAGACGAUGGUAAAGACAGAGACUUUAAUAUCACUGUAAAAAAUGCAUUCAAGCUGCAAAGCAAAGCCUCAGAAGAGAUUCACCUUUUCCUUGCAAAAAAACCGGAGCACAAGCAACGUUGGCUCCAGGCCUUUGAGGAGGAAAGGAAACAGGUGCUGCUGGAUAAAGAGACAGGUUUCAGCAUCAGUGAAAUACAGAAGAAGCAGGCUAUGAUUAAUGCCAGUAAGCCUCAACCAGCAGGAAAGCCUAAAGCUGUCAAUAGGACAUACUAUGAUUUCUGGAUGAAACAGAAGCACCCCACUCUGCCUGCCAACCUCCCACAGCAACAAGUCUUCAUGCUGGCCGAACCCAAGCGCAAACCCUCCAAUUUCUGGCAGAACAUCAGCCGGCUGACCCCGUUCAAAAAAUAAAGGACGUCUUUGUGUUCUGCUCCUGCCUCCUGUACAAAGAAAGCACUUUACCCGCAGUCGACAAAGUGCCUGUGCCCGGGAGCCCUGUCUUUCCUUUAUUGGGCAUGAUGGCGCCGGCUGGUGUAUUUAUUUUUUACAGAACAGUUGGACAUUCUCAACAUAUUUGUCGCUGCCUUUUUGACAUGAUCAGAUGAAUCAUCUGGGAAGUAUUGUUUGUUUGUUUUUUCUGUUUCACUCCUCGUCUUAGCAAGUCAAAAUAUUGGCUCUAUAGAUGCUACUGGCGUGCUCAUGCCAGGCCUCUGUGUCCGGCCAAUAAACUGAAGAGGGUGACCAGAGA